AUGCCUACAGAUCCUACAAUUUCAAGUGGUAGACAAUCCCAAGCAAUUCAAGAACAUGAUAGUAACGCUGUAGCACCACCACCUCCCACGCGAAAACGAAAAGCAGACCUUAACAAGUACAAAGGACAAGCAAAUUCUAAUGAUUCAAGUCGACAACAAAUCAAUGAAGAUAAUGAAUUACUUCAAAGGCCUCCUGAAACUUUAGAUUCAGGCAGCAUCCAACGUUUACAAGGUUUAACUUUAAAAUAUAAACAAUGGUUUGAAAAGGUUGAGCAAGAAAAAGGAACUUUAAUUAAUCAAAGCCAUGAUUUGCAAUUAAGAUAUGAUGAAGUUCAAGGGAAAAGCGAAUCAGAGAAAAAACGUUGGCAACAGAGAGCGCAUAAUUCGGAUAUAGAAGUAUCAAAUUUAAAGAAACAAUUAGCGGAAUUAAAGAAUGAAGCUUCAAUGUAUCAGAGUGCACUUGGUAAAGCCACAAAUGUAAGGUGGGGAGAUGAGGAUAGUAAUAACCUUGUACAGUUAACAAAAGUUAUUAGAGAAAUCGUUAAUUCACUUACGGAAAUUACUACAGUAAAAGGAAGAGAUAUUACGAUUGAUGACGAUGCUACGAAUGAAUUAUUUCAAAAAUACAAGUGUUCGACUAGGGUUGGUGCAAAAAGUUGGAAACCAAUAUUGGCCGCUGCCUUGCAAAGAUUAAUUGUUCAAACUUUAUUUGAAGAAUUAGCAACUUAUUUAAAUCAAACACAAGUUCAGGCAGUUUUUGCUAAUAUUAGAAAAGAUUCUCCGAAACGUUCCUCUUCCUUAAUGAUUCCAAAAAAAUCUUCAUCUCCAGUUCCAGUUGUUCCAGUUGUAUUAGAUAAUAAUAAUAAUUUGGAGGCGGAAAUUUCAGUAGUAAUGACGCAAUUAGUUGGUUUGGUUAACCAUUUAGCCGAAUCACGUGAAGGAACCGAUGACAUCACAAAAAUCACUCCAAUAAAAAUUCGGCAGCAAAUUUAUGCUGUAUUAGGUACAAGAGGUUUUUGUAAACCUAAUCAUCCAUUUAUUGAUCAACUCACGACAAAAAUUCUCGACAUGCUUUCUCGCUAUCGUCAAAUAAAAAAUGAAGAACGUUUGGCUGAUUUAAAAGAAAAUGCUAAUAAAUUAAUUAGAGAAAUUGUACACUUAUAUUUCAGAUUAAAUGCUCAAGAACCUGUUCCUGAAUUUACAAAAUUCUUUGAAGCAGGAACCCCUGUACAAAACAACCUUAUGGAUGGUGCUUGGGAUGAUGAUGUAGAUGAUAAUUUGCUCAAGUAG